AUGGCUGGAACACUGGCGUGCAAAGCACUGGACUAUGUCUGGAGCAAGGACUCCCGGGACUACCUCAUGAGUAUGAACUUCUGGGGCCCAGCUGCCAACUGGGGUCUCCCCACUGCUGUUAUCAAUGUCAUGAAGAAGUCUCCAGAGAUUAUCAGUGGGUGGAUGACUUUAACCCUCUGUUACUAUUCUUUGACAUUCAUGAGAUUUGCCUACAAGGUAGGACCUGGAAUCUGGCUUCUGUUCGCAUGCUGUGUAACAAAUGAAGUAGAUCAGCUUAUUCGGGGGAGGGGGUGGCUUAUCAACGAUGAGAUGAGUAAGCAGGCAUCUGUCUAG